ACAAAUGAUAACGAACCCGAUCGUAUUCUCUAUUCUUCUUUUUCUUCUGUAGCCUUUUCUUUUUCUGUCGCGUUUAAAUGGCCGGCAGAGGGAAGACUCUGGGAUCCGGAGCCUCGAAGAAGGCCACCUCUAGGAGUAGCAAGGCCGGUUUGCAAUUCCCGGUCGGUCGUAUUGCGAGGUUUCUGAAGGCCGGGAAGUACGCCGAGCGUGUCGGUGCCGGAGCGCCUGUUUACCUCGCCGCCGUCCUUGAGUACCUUGCUGCAGAGGUCCUUGAAUUGGCUGGAAAUGCGGCCAGAGACAAUAAGAAAACCCGUAUAGUGCCUCGCCACAUCCAAUUGGCUGUGAGGAACGAUGAGGAAUUAAGCAAGCUUCUUGGGGAUGUGACCAUUGCCAAUGGAGGUGUGAUGCCCAACAUUCACAACCUUCUUCUCCCCAGGAAGACUGGUGCAGGCAAGUCAUCUGGUGGUGAUGAUGAGAGUUAGAAGACUAAAGGGUCAUUGGGAUUCAUCUUAAUGUAGCAGUGUGUGUUUUCUAUAUUUCUGUGUAGUUGGAGUAUGUAGUUGUAGAUUUCGAUUUGUACUUUUCACAGCAUGGUAGUGCAAUUGUAGUUGUAGAAUUCAGAGAUAUUUGUAGAAGGUGAUGUGAAUAGGAAAACAUCCAACUUGUUUCUCAAUCGAAAAGAUUUCAACAUUUAUGUAACAUUUUAUUACUUAG